CUUCAGGAUGACAUAGAGCGGCUGCGAGGGCGGUUAAACGCCUGCUGCCGGGAACAAGAGGACCUCAAACGGCAGGUCAGCCAACGAGAAGAUGUCUUGGCCGUCUAUGAGGGCAAGUUCGAGGACAUGCGAUAUGAGCUGAAGGAGAAGGAGAAGGCCAACCAGCGGGUGGUGGACUGUCUGCAGGACAAGGUGUUGACCUACCAUGAGCAGCUGCAGCAGAAAGAGUCCUGUCUGAUGGCCUGCAGGAACGAAGUGAAAGCCCGCGAGGCCGCCUUGGAGGAGGCCCGGAAUGAUUUCGCAUGUGAGCUUCAGCAGAAGGAGGCAGCC